GUGCCUAAAAUACUAUGGGCCUGCUGAGCCGGAAUUAUAAUUGGUUUAACACUUUUCUUUUUUGUCUCUCCCAAAAGAAUACUAAAAGUGGGUUUUAAUUUACCUUCAAUUAGCAUUUCCUUGGUUUUCACCCUGUAAGCUGUCUCUCAACAAGCUGCAGUCACUCGGUAGAAAUUACACACAGCUAAGUUUUUUUUCUGCUGUACCACAGCAAGCCGUGUUGUAAAAGCUAGGAGAAAUAAACACUGGUUCAGUUUGCCUUGCUUGCCAUGUUGGUGAACAUUACUUCUGCCUCUGUGAAAGUGUUUCAGUACGAGCCCAGUGUUGGCUGUGCGACAUGCUGGACCCAAAGGGGUGACUCUGGCUGGUGUACAAGUGCAAAUUCUGCUUUCCACAUGCAUGAUGACACUGCAGGGCACAUUUCUGGGCACUCUGCAACUGGCCAGUAUGCAAGCAGGAGUAUUUUUUUUCUCAGGAAAGUAAAUUUCUGCACAGUCAGCUGAGUGCAGCAAGCAGUGACCAUGGCAGUAACAGUUUUUCUGUGGUCGUUUUCAUACUUCACUUCCCCAAAUCUUUGCUGGUUACCCAAAAUACACAUAAUAUUUAAACACACAUGUUAUUAACUCUUUUCUUGGUUCCAUGCUCCCCUGGCAGAACAAACUUGCCCAAUACCAAGUGUGCAUUUUCUAAUGUACUUCUGCCUUCAAAAGGACCCUCCUCCCCAUGCUUCCCUCAGCUGGCCAAGCUCCACUUAUAACUUUUAACAAGUUCAGUGCUCUCUGUGAGAUCAUGAGGCUCAGGAACAAUUCUUACUAAAGAAGCCUCUCUUACAGCUUUGCCACCACUUUAAUUCCAGCAACACUGAGUUAUGCUGCCAUGAGAUGAGUCAAAAUGCUGUUUGCUUGGAUAGUAUUCAGUGACAGAGAGAAGGAAAAAGCCUAUAUUCUGAUUGUGUGGGCUUCACAGGCUUUGACGAGUGAUUCACAAGGCAUAGGAGAGCUGCAGAAAUUUUCUGCAGGCUCCCAAAAGCUGAAACAUGCACACUGGAUUGAAGCCCAUAGGUGAGAGCAGAGCUCUGCUGCCCAAAUGUGGAGUGCCAUGCAUUUUUGGGCCCUUCUAGUCUAGAGGAAAUGAGGAGGCAGUUUCUCUUCCAGCUCAGGCUUCUCUUAGUCCCACCCAGGAGGGCUAGUUCUGCUGACAAAAGGUGUUCUUCCUCAAGAACAUCCUGCAUCUUUCUCUGCACCAAAGUCUUGAUGCAUGGCUGAAGUCCAUCGGGGGUGUGAAACUCUCCCUUUGUUUGUCUUUUGGUGUAACUGCACAGCUUUCACAGUAGCACAAAGCAAAUGGCCAUAAGAGUCUGAAGGUGUAAAGCUGCUCAGAAUGGCUUCUUGCAGUGUGGAAAAUACAGAAAAUCCAGCUAUUUCCUGGGUGGAAGGAAAUAGUGCUAUAAUGAAUCUAACGAUCUGUCCCUAUUCUGGUCCAAAAAGGAAAUAAAAGCAAGUUCAGAGAACAGAGCAAUAGACACAGUAAGCAUUUUUAUUGGUAAAAAUUUCCAGUUAGGGCUCUUGGCAGCUGCUAAUUGCCUGAAGUCUCGGUGCCAGAGAAUUGAGAUUUCAUCCAUAUUUAUAUAUUGGCUAACGUAACUCUAGAAACUCCCAACAACUCCCAACAGCCAGCUGAUUGCCUAAUUCUUUCUUGAAUCCUGCUGAGCUCGUGGUCUUUAGGAUGCCUUCUGACAGACUGUAACCACAUGUAUAAACACACAUAGAAACUAUAAACACAUGCAUGUGUUCUUACACAAUGUGCAUGUGUUUCCCUUGUAUUUGUUGCAUGUCUGUUUUCUUUGAACAUCCCUUGUUCUUGGAUUACAGAUGCAAGGGAUAAAUAAAACCCCAACUUGUCUCCUCUGAGUCAUUUAAUACUUCGCAUCCCUCCCAGUGAAUGCUUGGACCUGGUUCUGUGCGUGUGUAUACUGUAGCUGUGCAGUGUGUGUUGGUUAUGAGAUGUGGCCAUUGUUCAUUAAUUCCUUUGGUAGUGUUCUCACAUGUGGGAGGGACAGAUGAUGUGGAACAUAUUACUUUAGAAUUGUUUCAGAACAGCAUUUAGCUUAAUCAUGAACUAGGCAAGGGGGUGUAGAACCAACAAAGGCAAAACAGAUGCUACAGGGAGGGAUGUUGGGGGGGGCAAGCUAUGGAAUGCAGCCUUAUCUCAUGCCAUUCCAGACAGUCGUCCUCACUUAUUGGUUCAAACUCUGCCACUACAGCAAGGAAUAAAAUCUGCAUGUCAGCAGUUGGAGUGGAGAAUAUUAUAAUAACUUCUUGGAACCAGUUGUAACAUCCCUUCCUAUUCUAAUUGUAAUAUCAGAGUAAUCUACACCUAGUUUCUUGGAAUUGUAAUAUCUCCUUCUAUUCUUAUUGUAAAAUCAGAAUAAUCUAUGUUCAGUUUCUUAGAAUCAAUUGUAAUAUCCCCUCCUAUUCUUACACGGGUAUAACUUGUCUCUACAAAUGCGCUUAAACUGUCCCUUUAUGGUGUGCAGGUUAGGAGAGGCUACUCCUUCUGCACCCAGAAUGUGUGCGCAGCACUGUAAUUAAAAAUAUACCUGCUUUAUAACCACUUCGUGGUUAUGGAGUCAAGUCAGUAUUGGUUGCAAGAUACAAAAACAUCAGUGCUAUCCAGGUGAUUUCUUUCUUAACCUGACCUGUCUCCACACCACACCAGAAUCUGGUGGUCUGGAAUGGUAGUUUUAAGCAGGUAACUGUCACCUUGGCUUUUUUGUUGGUUCACCUAGAAACAGAAUGUUUGAUGCUGGGUGGAGCUGAACAGAACUAAUGUACAUCUAGGAUUUUUGGAGCGCUGGAGAGCAUGUUUGCUCGUUUUGCUUUGUUUUUCUUUUUCCAGCUUCUCAGUUGCACCUGUGAAAGAAGUAGCUUCGUUCAGCCAAGUGUGGUAUCAGAAGUCUUUGGUGGGUAGGGAAAUGACCGGGCAGAGUGACAAGGUGGGCUGCUAGAGAUAUCACACUCUAAAUUCCUGCUUCCUGCAAAGGAAGAGCUGAAGAGAGAAGGAAGAAACUACAGAAAGAGGUUGAAGGGAAAUCUGGAUUAUACAUUAAGACAUUGAUUACCUAUUGGUUUGAAGAAGGCCUGAAGGUGAGGAAGUGCUGGCUAAGGGAGAAAGUAGUAUAUUGGUUUUGUGAUAAUGGAGCGUUGGAGGGUCAGACCCGUUUUUUCUCAUCAUUUGUUGUAUGCUUAAUGGCUGUUUGUACAACCUACAGAGAGCUGCCAAGCUCUGGCUUUUACAAACUGGGUAUACCUGUGCAGUCCCUUCCCCAGUCCUUUCCCAGCAUCCCCAGGUGAAGCACAGAGCAUGCCGAGGGAUCAAGCAGGCCUGGUGAACCUGAGUGGACACUUGCAUGAAUAGCUUGCAUCAAGGCUGCAUGCAUCAAGGUGACAUUUCCUUCUCCUUCUCUGGGUUGAUCCCAGAGAAGAAAUAACAGGCAAAAAACACAGGGAGAGAGACUAAUGAGACUGCAAAGUCAGAGUUUGCAAGACCUGGCCGUGAUGGGUACAUUAAAGAUAUAUCCAUUAGUCUCUUAGUAAGAUUUUACUUGGAAUCUGCAGGCAUUUGAGUCACUUCUGGUAAUCACAUUGUCUUAUUCUUGCUUGUAACCAUGCUUGAAAACUGUGAAGAGGUGCAGAGAAGCUCCAGCACUUGGUCUGAAGGAUUGAUGUUGGUGUUCCGUGUGGAAGCAUAGCUCCUGUUGAGGGCAGAUUAGCAGUACCUUCAAGAAAGAAAUCUGGACUUCGGACAUGUCAGACCCUGCUGGGAAGGGACAGGAAGGAAAUUCGUUUCUCUUUGGACUUCAUUGUGCAGUCCCAGUGUUAAAGACAGUGAGGAUGCUCUGACUGAAUUCCAAAGCUUUCAAAAUGAAGAGGCAUAAGUUUCCUUACAGGUGUCCCACAAGAAAGAAGAUUCUGAUCCUGUGUUUUACAGGGUGGGUGAUUGCACUCCUGAAGCUCCUCCAUGUUGAAAGACACUUUUUUCCACCUAAGAGUAUUUAUCUGGUUGAGCACUUCUUGAGCACUUCUUCAUAUGUCAGAAACAGAUAUUCCUAUCUUAGAAACCACUUCCAGUAUGAAAUUAACUGUUCUUCUAUCUAUGAGCAAGAUCCUCAGGAAAUCGGCAAGAGUUUAGAGAUAAGAAGGAAAGAUAUAAUUGAUUUAGAUGAUGAAGAUAUCAUUGCAAUGACAAAUGAUUGUGACAGGUAUCGUACCCUGAGGAAAUACCACCUGAUACCUGUUUCUCCAGAGGAAGAGAGUUUUCCAAUAGCCUAUUCUUUUGUUGUCCACAAAGAUGCAGUGAUGGUUGAAAGGCUCAUACAUUCACUGUACAGUCAUCAAAAUAUUUACUGCAUUCACUAUGACCGAAAAGCAGCAAAAAGUUUUAAAUCUGCUAUGAACAAUCUAGCUAAAUGUUUUCCCAACAUUUUCAUUGCGUCAAAACUGGAGAUGGUGAACUAUGCACAUAUUUCAAGACUGCAAGCAGAUUUAAAUUGUUUGUCUGAUCUGAUGAACUCUGCGGUCCCCUGGAAGUAUGUUAUUAACUUGUGCGGACAAGAUUUCCCUUUGAGAUCAAAUUUCCAGUUGGUUGCUGAACUGAAGAAACUCGGUGGGGGAAACAUGCUGGAAACUAUAAAGCCCAGUAGUAGCAAAAGAGAACGAUUUACUUAUCAUUAUGAACUUAUGAAAGUGCCUUAUGAAUACAUGCAGAUGCCUGUGAAAACCAACAUUUCCAAGAACCCACCACCUCAUAAUAUUGAGGUAUUUGUUGGCAGUGCCUAUUUUGUUUUAAGUCGAGCUUUCAUUCAGUACAUCCUUAGCAGCUCUCUUGUAAAAGACUUUUUUGAUUGGUCAAGGGAUACUUACUCUCCAGAUGAACAUUUCUGGGCCACUCUCGUGCGUGUUCCUGGCGUGCCUGGGGAAAUUUCGAGGUCUGCCCAAGACAUCACAGACUUGCAGAGCAAAACUCGUUUGGUGAAAUGGAAUUAUCUUGAAGACCAUUUGUAUCCUCCAUGCACUGGUACCCAUCUUCGUAGCGUCUGCAUCUAUGGGGCCGCAGAAUUAAGAUGGCUUAUGAAUUAUGGGCACUGGUUUGCCAAUAAGCUUGACUCCAAAGUAGAUCCUGUCCUGGUAAAAUGCUUGGCAGAAAAACUGGCAGAACAACAAAAAGAGUGGGUUUAUUUGUCUUCUGACAAACAUUUUCUGCGUAUCAAUCCUGCAAAUGCCUCUCUAUAGCAAUGCUGUUUUUCCAGCUGCUGGUACUGUGUACUGCUAUAGCUUGGUGCCUGGGAUUCUCCAGCCCUGACCUGCUGCAGAGGAGUUCCUUCUGCAUUAAGUUCAGGACUUUGAAGAGAGAGGUAUCUGGAAACAAUCUGUGAAAUUAACAACACUCUGGUUGACUGUUCUUUAACUUGCCACAACAAUCCCAUAACUAUUCUUCAAGGUGAUUCUGGAAGCGCAAGGCUUGCUUUUGGAAGCCCUGGUACUAUUUACUCUAAUGGAAUACUUCAGAAACCUGUUUUACAUUGUGUGUUUGUGUCUUUCCUGAGAAACCCCACGACGCUUGUUCGCCUGUCCCCUUUUCCUGCACUUUUUCAAUAAGGUAUGAAACAAAGACCUCUGCAUCUGCUACCUCAGGAAAAUUGGAAGUGUCCAGCUUGCAGACACAAUUAAGAGAGCAGUGUGACUGCUGCAGCCUGGAGUGCCCCUCUUUCCACCUGCAGGUGCUGACAGGGCUGCAAUGUGAACUCUUCUGGAUGCCACAAGGGAAGAAGUUACCCUUGGAUGCCACAAUAGCAUUGUGUCCUUCUCCCAGCUUGGCUGUGCAUGGUUUGUCUUUCUGUGUUUGGAAGUGUGCUGUGCCUGUGGAAUGGGUGGUGGUGGAUUGAAGCAAUCUGUGUGAACACAUGUGAAUAAUGCUCUACUGUUCUUCAAGGGCAGUACAGGUAACCAUGCCAAACGAUGUCUGCCUUCGUUUCUAUCCCUGCCAGUAGAAAUAUCCUCCUGUGAAAUCCCAGUUCUUCUGAGACAGUGUUUUUACAUGUAAUGAGUAACAAGUGCUAUUUAUAAUCAGUAUUCAGCUUGGUGGUGCUAUGCUGAAAUGCAAAACACACAAUGUCCAGCAGCAAUCGUACGAACAGUCACACUGCAGAUAGGAAGGCCUUGCAUAUGCAUCCAUGGUCCCAGGCUGAUCUGUGCCCAGAGAAGUUCUGCUUCAAAGCACGUUAGCAUUGAAGUAGCUGUGCCCCAAGGCAGCCCAUGCUGCCCAUGGUCCCCACCGUAGGAAGGGGCUGAGCAGCCUCCUCUCAGCUGGGCCGUCAUGUAGUAUGAGCGAAGUGUUGGUCAGCGCAGAAACUUUGUGACUAAGAAAUGCCCUUUAGCAUUUCUGGGGAUUCUCCACAAUUUUGCUAUGCCACCAGCUCAGUUUUGGUGGUUCCAGUGGGUGUUGUGGUCGUGCUUGCUCUGUGCUACUGUGCCAUUUCUGGAUAUCUAGCGCUUUACAAGGUAUCCUGUGUUACUGAUCCUCAGAUUGCCACAACAAUGCCAUGUGGCCACAAGAAAGCUUAGUUUCUUUUUUGAGUUUUAGGAAAACCAACUCAUUCCUUUGUCUCUGUUUUUUGAAAAAUUAGUUUUUUAAAAUUUAGUCAUGGUCAACGUGCUUGUGGCUUGAGAUUGGGCUUGAAUGAAGAGUCCAUACUUUUCCCCAUUUGUGACACUGAUUUCCUUUGAGCCUUCAGACAAGUCAUCUGACUUCUGUUCCAGCUGUAAAACGGGAACAACAAUGCUCUGCUACCUUGUAAAGCAUUUAGAAACCUAUGGAUGUUUGUUGUGGGCUGGUUGCACAGUACUAUUUGUUCAUCAAAGCUAUUUAUGAUUAAGUCUGUGUGUGCACAAGUUGAAUAUUUCUCUUAUUUACUGUUUCUCAAAUAAAUGGGGAUUAUUUUUUA